AUAAAUUUCGGAUCUAUUUUUUCAUAAAAACAUCAAAAUAGUUUAGUACAUGUACAAAUAUUAUCUGACCGCCAAUAAGAAGUCAUAAUAAAACCACACUAACGAUUCAACUCUUCUAAUAUUUUUAUGUAAAGAAAAAGUUUCAGCAUUUCCAUUGGAAGAGAUUUUCCAUUAUCCAGUAAAUGGUGAAGCCCUAGCUGAGAAAUUCAUCACUGCAACCUUUGGGGUUUUAGUAGAAACCCCCCCAAUUUGGGGUUCCACCUGCAGUUCCAACUUUUAAAGGUUUUUUAUUUCAAGAUUGUUCCCCUUCCCAGGGAAAAAGGAAGAAAAGUUUUGAAGAUUGUUACUGUUUGAACCUCUGGGGCUACUUGCACUACUUCAUGAUGGCAGCUGAAGAUAAAACACUGCACUGGGGCAGGAAGAAUAAGGUGAUGCCAGAUGGAUCCAUUUCGUAUGGGGGAGGUAUUACUGAUCAGGUUAUUGUAAAGACCGGCAUAAAGUACAAUGAUUUUGUGAAUGCAGUUUUUGACCGAUUAGGCAUUGAUCCUUCAGGUAGGAUUUUGCAUUUUACAGUAAAGUUCGAUAGCUCCGACUUAAUACGGCUGAGGGACCAAAAAAGCGUUGAUACCCUGUUACAAUUUAAUGAUGGUUUUGCUCAUGUUUAUGUAUCAAGUUUGGAGGAGGAACUUAAUUCUAGACCGCCAUCAGGUCAUGCGGAAAAAGUUGUAGUUGUUGGUUAUUCUGAUUCAGAAGCAGAUACAACUCCGGCAGGUGAUGAUUAGAAUGAAUUGGCAAGCCCUCUGAAGAAGGAACGGUUCCAGUCAGCUGGAGAUAGUAAGCUUCUGAAGAAAGCAACAGCUAAUCAGUCAGAAGGAGCCAGAGAUGGUAAACCUCAGCAGAAUGAAGCUGUUCGUGGUGAUGAUCAAAAUCAUGCCGGUGUAACUAGGUCAUGCAGUAAAUCCAUGGAAAUAUUCGAUCAAAAUGGAGUGGGCCUUCCUGAAGGGAGUGUGCAAAACAACAGUUCCAAGAUUAAGACAGUUAAUGAACAGGCUCCUUUACCGACAUCAGGCUGUGAGAAAAAAGUUAAAGUUGGACUCAUUGUUAAUUCUGAUUCAGGACCAAGUACAAUUCCUGAUGGUAAUCCUCCCAAGGUGUAUGAUUAUCCUGAUCCUGAAUUCCGUGAUUUGGACAAGCAUAAAUCAGAAAUUUACUUUGCAGUUGACCAAAUCUGGACUUGCCAUUAUGCUGAUUUCAUGCCAAGAUUCUAUGCCUGUAUUAGAAAGGUAUCUAGUCCUGAAUUUAAGAUAAAGCUGAGAUGGCUUGAGGCUCAUCCAGAAGACGAAAGGGAGCGCGCAUGGGUCAGGGCAGACUUGCCUGUUGGCUGUGGGAAAUUUAGACGUGGGAGCUCCAAAUAUAAUUCUGAUCGACUUGUAUUUUCUCAUCAAAUGCAGUGCGAAAAUGACAAGAGAGGCCUGUACAUUGUAUUUCCCAGAAAAGGGGAAACAUGGGCCCUUUUCAAGGAUUGGGAUUUUCGUUGGAGCUCCGAUCCUAAGAGUUAUAGGAAGUACAAGUAUGAAAUAGUGCAAGUUCUUUCUGAUUUUGUUGGGGAUGCUGGAAUCCAAGUUGGUGACUUGGAAAAAGUGACUGGAUUUAUUAGCAUAUUUCAGUGAACAAGGCCGACUCCUGUUGGUGCAUUCUUUGUAAAGCCAAAAGAACUUUACAAGUUUUCUCAUCGAAUCCCCUCCAAAAUGUCUGGAACUGAACGAGAGGAUGUACCCUACAAAGGAACUUGAUCCUGCUUCUUUACCCCUCAAUCCAAAUAAUAUUUGGUGCCCUGGGAAAUAGAACAAUAACACAGGGCUGCAAAAUCUGCACUGGUAGAAGAAGUUCUAACACACAUGAUUCUGUAGUUUUUGGAAGAAGUUGUGUAUUAUGGUAUCCGGAUAGUCCCUAAGUUUUUGUUUAGACUCUUAUCUGUAGACAUACAGAUUCUGUGUCUUCUGCUUUGAUGCAGUGAAAGGUGUUUUCUGCAUGUUAAUGAAGCUAUGUUUUAUUUUUA